AUGUCUGCGGACGUGAAUCAGAUGCCUAUCAUUAACGACCAGAACAUGAUAUCCGAGCUGUUCGUGAAGCGCGCCAAUGGAUCAGCUGUUGAGCCAUCGAUGAGACAAUUGGUGGCCAACAGCGGCGGUCAAUCGUUAAUUCACUUUCAAAGGAAAUGUUUAGUGAAUCCGACCGACGAAGAGGCGAUCCAAUUGACCACUCAUUUAGUGAAUAGAUUGGAAGAAUCGGGAGAAACCAUUUAUCUCGUUGGAUGUUCUGAGUCUGGAGAGAGCGGUCUAUCGGAGGAUGAGUUGAACGCUUCGGUGGCGAAUCUGCACCGAUUGGCCGAUAAGAUAGACUCCGAUUGUAUAGUAUUGAGGCGACGGCGCGGCGACUCCGGUGUGGGUCAAGUGGCCGAGUAUUUGGUCCGCAAACGCGCCAAAAGCAAUGAUUUCCAAGAGGUAAGGGUUGCUGUCGUGGGUAAUGUGGACGCCGGCAAAAGUACACUAUUGGGUGUCUUAACGCACGGCGAACUCGACAACGGCCGCGGACUCGCCCGACAGAGACUCUUCAGACAUAAACACGAAAUGGAAUCAGGCCGGACAUCGAGUGUCGGUAACGAUAUACUGGGUUUUGAUAGUAAGGGAAGUGUUGUGAACAAACCCGACGCACACGGAGGACAUCUCGAUUGGGUAAAGAUAUGUGAGGCGUCCUCUAAAAUUGCGCUCCUUUUGGGUCUGAUUUCAUUAAUCAGUCAAAUAAGAUGUGAAGAACUGAAUGCCAAACAAACGGUUGGCGACAAACUCGGUGUCAAAUACGCGGGUCCUAUAGUUUACACCAAUGAAAAGCCGCCGAUUGUUUACUUCCCGACACCGCCGACCACUUCGUCUACAGAAGUCAAACCAAACCAACUGAAUGGCAGCCUUAAGACCAGUAUAGAGUACGUCCCGUUCCCAUACCAAGAGUUGCCGGUUCUUAUCUAUAAGUCCAAAGACAACCCACCGCUUCACGUGGUGUCCGAUAAUGGGCUCAAUAACAGUACAAAUCAAGUCAACGCAAACAUUGAGAAACGAUUGGGUGAGACAAACGUCGGUAAUUCACAACGCGGUGGUCGGGCUCUCAAGUGGUCUAACUUUAAAUUAUUCAAUGAUAUGCCACUUGUGAUGAAAGCGCCGAAAUGGACAAACGCUGACUCCAUUAAAACUGUCAGUCUUUAUCCCAAUUCAUUCGCUGAUAUCAGUAACAAAACUCAGUUAAACGCCGCCGCAAAUACACCCCUAUCGAUGGCCAGUGCCCCGCAUGUGAUAUAUUCAGGUCAUCCGCCAAUUCAUGUCUUUCCGCAGCCGAUAAUUAUAAAAGAGCCCGAAAUGUCGGCCGAAAUGACCGCCGCUUCAGAAAUGUUUCAGUCGCUUAAGAAACCCAAUCUCUACGACAUAUCAAUGUCGGCCUCAAACAAACACGAAAUCUCUACAAAUCCGUCUUCGAGUCAGUUCUACUCCUAUGCGGGAACACCUCUGGGCUCAGGAGGCGGUAAUGGAGGCAAGAGUUACGGCUUUCGGGUGAAGACCAGAGGCAAUAAACACGACACCGAUUAUUCUGGAUCUCAAAACUAUGACAAUUACGACGAAUCCUAUUCACCGCAACACUCGGACGGCUCGUCAGAGUCCUCGCAAUUGGAGGACAAAUUCAAGCCGUCGACUCAUUUCUCCAAUUCUGGCUCCAGUUCUUCGUCCGAUUCGAGUUCAGACCAAAACGAAAAAGAUUUUGACAAACUCUCAGAAAGUUAUGGAAGAGAGAGAUCUCGUGAAAAGUUCCCCAAAUAUGAGACAUCGAGUAAUUGGAUGGAUGUGUCGGAUGUGGACAAUGGAUGGCUGUCCUCACUCUUGGGCUAUAAUCGAUGGCCGCGACCGCCGCCGCGAAGACCGAUGGCUUUUAUGAACAGUCCUAAUGAGCACAUGUUAUACGCGUCGUCGCAUACAAACCCAAUGGGUUUGGAAAACCAGGCGCUAAUGUACCCACACCUGCGGCCUAACCCGCAUUGGAUGACUGGACUCAACGCUAUGCGGCCGACGGCUUCUGCCAUUAGACCCGUUUACACACUCAGCAGUUUGUUUGGCUACAGACGCCCUCCGAUGGCGGCUCCGGCCACUCAUUAUCUCACACGACUCAACCCCUCCUUAAGCCACCCGAACCCCAAUAUGUCUCCGAUGGCUAUUAAGUCCGCGUACGGAGGUUUGAGUCCACAAAUGAUGGGUUUNUAUGCGGCCGACGGCUUCUGCCAUUAG